GUCGUCCUUCAUUCUCCACGAUCGUCGUCUUCUUCUUCAAGAUUUCACAUCUUCAUCGUCUUUCUCCUGAUCCUGGGGCCAAGAUAGUUUAUACUAGGCUCUGAAAUCAGUUCUUCAGGAGUCCCCUUGAACAGCUUUUUGGUAUAAGAUCAUGGGAAACCUAUUCUGUUUGGUUCAGGUAGACCAAUCCACUGUUGCCAUCAAGGAAUCUUUUGGAAAAUUUGCUGAUGUUUUGGAGCCUGGAUGUCAUUGUGUCCCUUGGAUAUUUGGAAGUCAGCUUGCUGGUCAUCUUACUCUAAGAGUUCAGCAGUUGGAUGUAAAAUGCGAGACUAAAACGAAGGAUAAUGUGUUUGUGAACGUCGUGGCCUCCAUACAAUAUCGUGCUCUGGCUGACAAGGCAAGUGAUGCCUUCUAUAAACUCAGCAACACAAGGUCCCAAAUCCAGGCCUAUGUUUUCGAUGUUAUAAGAGCGUUUGUUCCAAAACUCAAUCUGGAUGAUGCUUUUGAGCAAAAGAAUCAAAUUGCCAAGGCUGUUGAAGAAGAACUUGAAAAAGCUAUGUCUGCAUAUGGAUAUGAGAUAGUUCAGACAUUGAUUGUUGAUAUAGAACCAGAUGAGCAUGUGAAGAGAGCAAUGAAUGAGAUCAAUGCUGCUGCAAGAAUGAGGAUGGCAGCCACUGAAAAAGCCGAGGCCGAGAAAAUCCUCCAAAUCAAAAGAGCCGAGGGGGAGGCCGAGUCCAAAUACCUGUCGGGGUUGGGCAUUGCACGCCAGAGGCAAGCCAUUGUCGACGGUUUAAGAGACAGCGUGUUGGGGUUUGCGGUCAAUGUUCCUGGAACCACUGCGAAAGACGUUAUGGACAUGGUUCUUGUGACUCAGUAUUUCGACACCAUGAAGGAAAUCGGUGCAUCCUCUAAAUCCUCGGCCGUGUUCAUUCCUCACGGGCCCGGUGCGGUUCGUGAUGUCGCUGCUCAGAUACGUGAUGGACUUCUUCAGGGUUCGGCCGCCAGCUGAUUUACAAUUUCGCCCCUCAAGUUCUGAGUGAACUCCAUUUUACGUGUGAAGUGUAUGGCUUUGUGUUAUAUUGAUUUGCCUAUAGUUUUUACUUCAUUUUGUUUGGACCUUUUUGAUCAUACUAUAUCAAAAUGUAUUAAAUUCAUAAUCAAACGAGCCCAGUAUGUUUUAUCCGGGGGGUAAAGGUCUGGAAGGUACGAUGUAUAAAUAUGUGAAUUCUAUGUUAAAGAGUACAACAAUUGUUCAUCUAAAA